CGUGCACUGGCCCCGCCACCGCCGCCGAGACCGGCCCCGGCACUCGCGCCCCAGGUGAUGGUGUAGCAGCCGCUGCUGCCGGCAGCAGCACCCCGAGCGUGCAAAGCUGGCUCCCUGCGCCAUGGUCACCCACAGCAAGUUCCCCGCCGCCGGGAUGAGCCGCCCCCUCGACACCAGCCUGCGCCUCAAGACGUUCAGCUCCAAGAGCGAGUACCAGCUGGUGGUGAACACAGUGCGCAAGCUGCAGGAGAGCGGCUUCUACUGGAGCACGGUGACGGGCGGCGAGGCCAACCUGCUGCUGAGCGCCGAGCCGGCCGGCACCUUCCUCAUCAGGGACAGCUCGGACCAGCGGCACUUCUUCACCCUCAGCGUCAAGACGGAGUCGGGCACCAAGAACCUGCGCAUCCAGUGUGAGGGUGGCAGCUUCUCCCUGCAGAGUGACCCCCGCAGCAGCCAGCCCAUGCCCCGCUUCGACUGCGUGCUCAAGCUGGUACAUCACUACAUGCCACCCACGCCCUGUGCCGUCCCCGAGCAGUCGGGGGAGGCCCUGCACCCCAAGCGCACCUACUAUAUCUACUCGGGUGGCGAGAAGAUCCCCCUGGUGCUGAGCCGCCCGCUCUCCUCCAGCGUCUCCACCCUGCAGCACCUCUGCCGCAAGACUGUCAACGGGCACCUGGACUCCUAUGAGAAGAUGACUCAGCUGCCAGCUCCCAUCAAGGAGUUCCUGGACCAGUACGAUGCCCCCCUCUAAGGGGCCAGCGCAGCGAGGUUACACGCUACAAGCACAAGAGCAGGGGACAGACACAAGGCCCCACCGGUGCGGGGACUCACAGGGCACACCAAGCCUCUCCCUCUGGGAACAAGAGGAGGGGGACUGGGGUGAGCCGUGGUGGGUCUGGAACUGGCACCCUUUCUGCUGGGGGACCCCCCCAAGGAAGUGGCUUCUCCUUCCAUGGCAGAGGAGCCUGCUCCAGUCGGACAGUGGAUGUUACAGUGUGCUCAGUGUUGUGGCCUCCCCACCAUGGCUGGGAAGAGCCCGUUGGCAAAGCCAGGACAGCACCCAGGACAUGGGGGCACACACACCCCAACAGCCACAUCUCUGCCGCUAUGGCAGGACCACUCCUGGGGGGUCCUGGCAAGAAGCCCCCUCUGCCACCAGAGAAUGGAAGUGCUGAGUCCAGUAGUGCCUGAUCACUUUUCCUCGGUUUUAAGGGGAAAGUGUUUUUUUCCCAUACUGUACUUUACCUCUUGCUGCCUCCUUGUGGGUGGAAGCUUCUUUCACACCAGGCCCCAGACUUGGAGGUUGCUGCCUUUUCCCCCUCAUUGACAUUUUCUGGGGGAUUAAGCCUUAAUGUUCUCCCUGCCCCAUGGUCUGGGUUGCUGCACAUCAUUUGGUGACACUGCGCGAUUACAGUCCUGGUGACAUGCCGUGAAGCCAGAGGGGAAGCAGCGUGUCCUAAUGCUGUGGAGUCCCGUGUGACCACGACUGCCAGGACCACCCCAAGGACCCAGUGCUGCUGCUGGGCUGUUACUCACCAGUGUCACACCCCACCUCUGCCCGGCCGCUCCCCGGAGACCCUUGUCAUGCCGCUCCGUGGCAGCACCAAUUCCCACAGGAACGUGGCCAAAGGAUCCCCUGGAGUGCAUCGUCUUGUGAGCGCUUUUCUGUGUCUGCCUGGAGAAGCGGUUGGUUUUUUUCUGGCUUUUUUUUUUUAAUUAUUAUUAUUUUUUAACCAAAGGGAUGUUUACAGGCCAACGUGAAUCACUGUCUUUUAUAAAGAUUCCAUCUUCACCUCCAGCCUCGAGGGCUGAGCAAAACCAUGCUUGAAAAUUCAACCAAAACAAAACUCAGAUGAAACUUUGCACAUAUUUAUAUUUAUAUUCGGAAAAGAAAUGUUUCCAUAAUUUAUAAUAAAGAGCACUAUUUUUUAAUGAAAA